UUAAAUCAUCAGUGGUGCAGAACGCUCUCUCCCUCACACACACACACACACACACUCGGCAUGGUGGGAGCUGUGGUCGUGCUGUGGCUAGGUGUCUGCCUGCUGCUGCUGUGGCUGCUGAAGGGGUCGCGACCCCCAGGCUUCCCCCCGGGCCCCGCACCUCUUCCUCUCAUCGGCAACCUGCUCCAGCUCGACCCCCAGAACCCCCUGAAGACCCUGCGCAAGCUGGCUGAGCAGUACGGUCCUGUGUUCAGUCUGUAUAUAGGCACUCGUCCGGUGGUGGUGUUGGAUGGUCAGCAGGCUGUGAGAGAGGCACUGGUCACCAAAGCUGUGGAGUUCACCGGACGCCCCGACCACAUCAUGAUCAGCCACAUGGCAGAGGGGAAAGGGGUGAUCCUGGCGGACGCUGGCCCUAGCUGGCGAGAGCACCGACGCUUUGCUCUGUCCACGCUGCGGAACUUUGGUCUGGGCAAACGCAGCAUGGAGCAGCGCAUCCUGGAGGAGACCACACACCUCUGCACCUUACUGGAGAAAAGUGCAGGAGGCUGUAUGGACCCUCAGCAUCUGUUCCACCAUGCGGCGUCCAACAUCAUCUGUUCCAUCAUCUUCGGCUCGCGCUUCCACUACGACGACCCCUACUUCCAGACCCUCAUCACCAUGAUGGAGGAGAUCAACAAGCUGGCUAUCGGGCCCUGGGCCAUGCUGUAUGACGUGGCUCCAGUGUUGCGGGGCCUCCCCCUGCCCUUCAGGAAGGUGUUCCAGUACUACCAGCGCCUCAGGCAGCACAUGCACACGGUCAUCACACAGCACCAGGGCACGGCACACACACACGCGCCCAGAGACAUGAUAGACUGCUACCUGCAGGAGAUGCACAAGAGGGCAAGUGAUGGGUCCUCAUUCGAUGACUCCCACAUGGAGAGUUUGCUGAUCGACUUGUUCAUCGCUGGAACAGACACAACCUCCAACACACUUCGCACGGCUUGCCUCUACCUGAUGACACACACACAUAUACAAGAGCAGUGUCAUGAGGAGAUUGCGGGCGUGCUGGGCGGUCGUGAGUGUGUGUCGUUUGAGGACCGGCACAGCAUGCCGUACGUGCAGGCGCUCAUUCACGAGGCCCAGCGGGUCGGAGACGUCGUCCCCCUCAGUGUGUUCCACACUGCCACCACACACACACACCUGCACGGAUACACCAUCCCCAAGGGCACGAUGAUCAUCCCUAACCUGUCCUCUGUGCUGAGUGAGGAGAGCCAGUGGAAAUUCCCUCAUGAGUUUAACCCUCACAACUUCCUGAAUGAGCAUGGAGAGUUUGUCAAACCUGACGCCUUCCUUCCCUUCUCAGCAGGCUCGCGAGUGUGUCUCGGGGAGAAUCUAGCCCGGAUGGAACUCUUCCUCAUCCUGGUGACGGUGCUGCGUCGGUUCCAGCUGGUGUGGCCAGACGAUGGGGGCGUGCCCGACUACGAGCUCAUCUUCGGGGCCACGCAGUCCCCCAAACCCUACCGCAUGGGCGUCCGCUCACGACCACGCGCUGGGAUCUAGAACCUCCAUCCAGAGCUACUCCUGCCUGCUGAUUCUAGAACAUUCAUCCAGCUCUACUUUUGCCUGCUGAUUCUAGAACAUUCAUCCAGAUCUAUUUUGCCUGCUGAUUCUAGAACAUCCCUCUAGAGCUACUCCUGCCUGCCGAUUCUAGAACAUCCAUCCAGAUUUGAGGUGCGUUACACCGUGUCCUAACUGCAAGCGACACGACCGAAUGCGUGCGACAAAAUCAGUUCCAUCUCUGUAUUGUCAAUUGGAAUGUCCUGACUGAAUGCGAUGUGACCGAACGCGACAAGUUGCUUUGCUACGCGACUUCUUCAACCCUGUUUUGUUGCGCUGUCCGUUCCUAUUUUAGUCGCGUCGCGCCGCCUUGACAUUAACUUCUUCACGACGUGCGAUCGUUUGCGAACGUCUGAGGAGGUGGUACGUCACGAACAUACAGUGGAACUGGACGUGAGUGAACGCAACAAUGCAAUUACUGUUAGAAUGGAAUGUUAACACCAAAUUGCUCAAAUUGUUCCAAGAAAACAUGUUCCCCAUAAGCGUUUGUCACUGUUUGCCAAAUUUGAACGCACCUCAGAUCUCCUCCUGCCUGCUGAUUCUAGAACAUCAAUCCAGAUCUCAUGGGCACGUGCAGCUUCCUAUAAUGGGAGUCGUUUCUGUAAUGUGUAACACUGUAGAAGGCUUAAACCAGGGUGCACCUUAAUUCAUGUACGAUAAUAACACUUUCUCAAUCAGUAAUUCAAUUCUAUGUUGUGUAAUUUUUUUACAAUCUAAAAUGUUGUUCCUGUUAUAAAACCAUGGUUUAUGAAUGAAACAUGGAAAACUGGGCAUCAAAAAAUAAAAACAAUACAAUGGUU